AUGGAAUUCAUUCCGCGAUAUCCUCAACCGUUUACUCUGGCGGACGCGCUCCUGUUUGAUCCAAGUAUCAUCUCAGAAGAAAUCGCUCGUCUGCAGAAUUCUUUAACACACCUUAGGCACACCCAAGAUGAUCUGAAGGGACACAUGAAUAACAGCUCGGAUGGUGCUGAAGACAAGGACGUGUCUGAUGCUCUCCGCGAGAAUGAACUCACAAUGUCAUCCCAAGAUGAACGCAUAUUUAUGCUCAAACUCGCGCUCACCCAUCAUGGCAUA